GGAAAUAUUUCUCUUACAUCGUGAAUGCUUGCUCUAUUCGCUACAGACACUUAGACUGAGUUGUGCAUGUCAUCCAAUAGAGUGAAUCGUGCUUGCGGUUCUUCAGCCUGUGAAUCAGGCCCAAAAAGAUCCAAAUUAUUUGCACAGAAUGGACCAAUAAGCCAGGGUUGUGCCAUGGUUAGGCAGGAGAGGCACAGCUGGGGAUAUCACAGUGAAGCUACAGUGUUUGGCACUGAAAAAGCAGUUAGAGCUUUAAGGCAAACACCAUGGCACCCCGCAGUCUCGUGUCACAUUGCUACCAAUAAAUAUCUACCCGAGCUUCUCCCCACGAAACCUGGCCGUCUCUAUCUAACAGCCAUGGAUCUUUGAAUACUUGAUUGAUUCACCCUGCCGACAAGCCAAACCAAGUGCAAGUAUGAUGGCUUCCAUACAGAGUCUUCCGUAUGAGCUUGUCUGCAUCAUCAAUAGUAGUCUCCCAGAUAAGUCAAGCUCCAAUUUUGGUCGAUCAUGUCGCUUCAUCUAUGCGACAGUCAAUCCUGCACUCUAUCGACGUGCCAAGGCCAUGAUAGGCGUCCUAUUCUGGGCCGUGGAAAAGGAAAAUAUUGGCACGAUUGAGAAACUCAUUGCCGCGGGCGCUGAUACUAAUUGCGUCUGGGAAGAAGAGAUUUGGCAUGAUCAACGGGAACCUUUAUCAAUAAAUUACCUGUCACAACCGUUCGGCCCGAGCUAUAGAGGCUCUCUUGCGACGAACGUCACUUCUAAUGGUCCUGAUACAUCACCACAUACAUUAGCCUCCUACGAGGCGCAGUUGAUGCAACUUAACAAUUCGAGAUCACGUAGAGCUAGGCUUGGACGCAACAUGACCGCCAUCGAGAUUCGUCACACACCUAUCCAUCUUGCCGUCAGAUCUGGAAAUGGCCCGAUUACUGAGCUGCUAUUGAGCCAUGGAGCGGAUGUCAACAGCAUUUCCAAGAGAAUGUGCGAUUGCCGGCCACUGUACCGGACUUACCUUGCGAUUGACCCUGAAUACGAAUGGACACCGCUCCACAUUGCCAUGUGUGGCAAUCGACUGUCAACGAUGAAGCUGCUUAUGGCUCGAGGCGCGUCCUUCAACGUUGGUUGUCAAGGAAAUGAAGAGGUAUCCCUUGGAGUUACAGCACUUCAUUCUGCAAGUAUAUUGGGGAAUUUAUCAGUGCUUGUCGCUGUUUUGCAGCAUUACGCCCCCGAUAUCAACACGCCAGAUACUACCGGGCUCACACCAUUGCUCUGGGCGUAUCUCUCGGAAUAUUUGGGCAAGACAUUAUGGAAGGUGAUAGAGUUCCUCCUCGAACAAGGUGCAAACAUCAACGCUGUUGAUGAGCAUGGAGACUCGUUGCUCCUGAUCGCCUGCAACAUCGGCCGUUUUGAUGAUGCUGUCUGGCUGAUCGAACAUGGUGCCGAUGUCCGUCUGACGGCUCGAAGAAGUGGAACGACAGCCUUACACACUAUCUGCAAAGUUACUUACAAUGACGCAACCUCCGGGCGCAGUGCAUCCCAAAGGAACGCUGUCAGGUUUCCGAAUUCCAAAAGAUUGGUCCUUGCUCGAACCCUUCUAGAAGCUGGAGCUGACGUCGAUGCGAUGGAUGCUGAAGGAGACGUCGCUCUUGUAUCCGCCGCAAGAUGCUGCCAUCUUGGGUUGAUUGAGUUGCUACUCGAUCAUGGAGCUAAUCCCAAUGUUCGAGCCAAACGCGAUGAAACUGCACUACUAGCCGCAUGUAGCACACCUGCGUCAGUUCCAGCAUACGUUUUGAAGGAUACAGUCGAGCUACUCCUAGAACGAGGUGCUUCGAUCCAUGCGCAGACCGACAUUGGUAAAACCGUCCUAGACGUUCUCUGCGUGUUGAGAUCGAAUAGUAGCAUGUACACGAACAGCGACAGGGAGGUAAUUGCAAGCAUGGUUCGGACUUUUUUACGGUCAGGGAUCCGGCCCAUUGGCGCGCCCGGAAGUGAACAGAGCCUUGUGUUGCAGUAUUUCAUGGGAGGCUACCUUGCGUGUAGCAAACUGUUGAUCGAGUAUGGCGCCAUGCACCCAACCCCUAAUGGCCUCAAGAAGAUGAUUGCACAUGCCAUCAAAUGCGAUGACAUUGAAGCCAUACAAUUUGUGCUUUCUUUCGAGGGUGCCAAGAAGUUGAUGGCAACCCCAAGUAGACUUGCCGCAUCUUUGAAAACGGCAACGGAUGGUGUUGUUGAGUUGUUGAUGGACAAUGGUGCACCCUACAAAUACAUCACGAAGGACGGGACGAGUUGUCUACAUUAUGCUUGUGCCAGGCCGCUCCUUAAAAUUGACUUCUUUAGAAAGCUUCUCGAAGGCGGCGCGAAUCUGAACGCGUCAACGAAGAAAGGCUUGACUCCGCUCAAGGCAGCAAUCAAGAUCCGUAGGCUGGAGCUCGUGGAAUUGUUACUAGAAUAUGGCGCGGACCCAGAUUAUACGGGCUCUGCAGAAGUGGCUAUCUCGGGCGAAUCCUCGCCCUUGGUGAUGGCGAGUCAGUCCGGGCGCAUGGAUAUUCUAGCAGCCCUCCUCCGGCGAAGCAAAGAUGCCCAUAAUCCUCUCUGGCAACAAAUCUCCAGUGCUGACCCGACCGGACCCGGCAACGCCUUAAAUAACGGCGGCCAACAGCUUGCACAAAGACCUGGGGUAUCCUGGACUAUUGUGGAUUUAAAAUGAAUAUAAAUCCAUGGUUUCGAGGUCUCUGUUGCCCAUUGCGCCGGAAAUGAGCGACCUUGCGAGCGAUUCUCAUUCCCCGUAAUGCAGGCCGAGACCUCCGCAGCUGAGGGCACAGAGUUUAUCAGAUUACAGUCUCUUGAAAGGCAGACUCUUGUGCUCUGAUUUCCUGAAAGGCUUUUUAUAGAACUGGAAUGCUUUCUUGC